AUGAAGUUUCUUACUAGCUUGGUUACAUCUGUACUUUUGAGCACUGCAUCUGCGGGAUUGGUUUCACCACCUGUAUACAAACUUUCAUUUAACAAGCUAAGAGGCGAAACCUUUGAAAAAGCUGUGGGUAACAGUAAUGGUCAUGCAAACUUCGAUAUUAAAAAUCAACAGAACUUUUAUUCCGUAGAAUUAAAAGUUGGUACACCUGCUCAGAAUGUGUUGGUUCUUUUAGACACUGGUUCGAGUGAUUUAUGGAUUACUGGUAGCGGUAACCCAUACUGCUCUCCAUCUACAAGAAAUUCUCAUCUGGGAUCUGCUGGUAGUAACUCUAGUACUAAUAAUGGCCCCAGCUCUACUGCGAAUUUCCCAAGUUCGUCCGCUACGAUCGAUUGUUCCCAAUAUGGUACUUUCAAUUUAGACGGUUCGGAAACAUUCAAAUCGAAUGACAGUACUUUUUACUUGACCUAUGGUGACGGUUCAUUUGCUAAGGGUCUCUGGGGUAUGGAUCAUGUAUACUUAGAUGGAUUAAAUGUUUCUGACGUUUCAUUUGCAGUUGCUAAUGAGAGUAAUUCCACGGUAGGUGUAUUUGGUGUUGGUUUACCGGGCGAGGAGGCAACUGUCACACCAGGUGUUAAUGGAAAUCACUACCAAUACAAGAAUUUCCCACAAGUUUUAAAGGAUAACGGCGUUGUCCAAAAGAAUGCUUACUCUCUAUACUUGAACUCCCCCGAUUCCAAUAGUGGUAACAUUCUUUUCGGCGCGGUUGAUCACAGCAAGUACAGUGGUAACCUUUACACAUUGCCCAUCGUUAACACAUAUGCAGACCAAGGCGUAGCACCCCGUGAGUUCGAUGUUACUGUGCAAGGUAUUACCGUCGGUAAUAGUAGUUCUAAUUCUACUGUCUCCUCCGACAAGACUUUAGCUCUACUGGACUCUGGUACUACAUUAAUGUAUUUGCCAACGGCCUUAGCCGAUGAGUUGGCAAAAUCCUUAGGUGGUAAAUUUUCACCAUCGACCGGAUACUAUUUGAUACCCAAACCUUCAGAAAAUGAUGACACCAAGAUUACUUUUGACUUUGGUGGAUUUCACAUCGAGACUAAGUUAUCCAACUACAUUUUACAAGGCUCAGGUCCACAAGAUGUUGCGAUCCUGGGUAUCUUAAGAACCGAAGGUGAUAGAGCUAUCUUUGGUGACGUUUUCCUCGUGGAUGCCUAUGUGGUUUACGAUUUAGAAGAUUACGAGAUUUCAUUGGCACAGGCUAACUUCAAUUCUGGUUCUUCAGACAUAGAAGCCAUUUCUGGAAGUGUCCCAGGUGCAUCUAGGGCUCCAGGCUAUUCACAAACUUACACCGGGAACCAACCUUCAAGCAGCGGUAGUGCUAGCCCAGGGGGCUCCACAGGCCAAGAAGCAAGCUCUAGCUCAAGCUCAAGCUCUAGCGCUUCUAAUGGUGAUUCGGAGUCAAGCUCCAGCUCCAGCUCCAGCUCCAGCUCCAACAGUGGCAGUUCCGGUAACAAUUCUGAAAGCUCGUCCUCCAGCUUUUCAAACUCCGACAAGAGAGGAUUGACGGUCUCUGAGAACGGCGUUGGCUCAUUGAGAGCUGCCAAUCCUAUGAUUUUGGCUUUUGUCACUACAUUUAUCACUUCAAUGCUCACCUAA